AUGAUGAGCCCCAAGAAGCUAAUGAAGAUGCUGAGGAAGUGGGAAAAACCAGUCUCUUCAGGCAUGAAAAGAAUAUCCCGUUCUGGAUGUGAAAGUGACUUCAUCAUUAGCAUCAGACAAGGGUGUCUCCACAGUAACAUAGAUGAAGAGCUCUUCAAGAUGUAUGAAGAAGAGUUUGGUUUGUCGAGGGAUAGUCCUAUCACCAUGCUCUUUAAUGUAGUUUCCAUGAAAUACGUAGUUUCGCUUGUCCAAAGAUCCAUAGCCAAAGACAUAGAGAGAGCUUUGCUCAACUCUAUUGCAUUCACUCUGAGCCCGUUUGCUGCUGCUGUGCAUACCAGUGUGUGGAUCAACAAGUUUCCUUUCUCGAUCAGCGAAGGAAACACCAGCUGCUGUGCAUACCAAUGUGUGGAUCAGCAAGUUCCCUUCCUUGAUCAGUGA